AUGACGCGAAAUCCUGAUAUACUUUUUAUUACUGAAUAUAUUAAGAAUGUGCUUUAUUUCGCUACUGUUAGACAAGGAAGAGUUCUUAAAAGUACAAAUGAAGCUCAUUAUUUUUGUAUAGAUAGUCAAUUAAUUUAUGAAAAUUAUUAUUCAGAUUUUGGCCCUUUAAACUUAGGGUGUGUAUAUAAAUAUUGCAAAAUAUUGAACGACAAAUUAAAAGAAUAUCUAAAUAAGCAAAUUAUAGUUCAUUACACAUCCAUUAAUCCUACUAAGAAAGCUAAUUCCGCAUUUCUUUUGGGAUGUUAUGGUGUUUUAUAUCUGAGUCUGCCACCGAAAGAUGCACUCAAGCCCUUACUUGUUCAUGGACAGAAUUACAGGCCAUUUCAAGAUGCAACCCAGGGUGAAUCCCGCUAUACUAUAUCUUUGUUAGACUGUCUUCAAGCUAUAGUAAAAGCUCGAGAUUUAGGUUUCUUCAAUUUUCAAGAUUUUAACUAUGAAGAGUAUGAUAGAUUGGAUAAAAUACAGGGUGGUGAUCUUAAUUGGAUUGUACCGGGUAAAUUUUUAGCUUUUAUCGGCCCCGUGGAUUAUAGCGUAUCAUUGUAUCAUCCACCAGAGAUGUAUAUAAGCUAUUUCUUAGAAAACAACGUUAGGAUUGUAAUACGACUGAAUAAGAAGCUUUACGAUGGAAAUGUUUUCAGUAGUGUAGGAAUUACCCACUACGAUUUGUUUUUUCCUGACGGAUCCUGUCCUCCCCGGCAUAUUUUGAUGAAAUUUUUACAAAUUAGCGAAGAUGCCGACGCCGCAAUUGCCGUUCAUUGUAAGGCAGGUUUAGGUCGCACCGGAUCCUUGAUUGGAUGCUAUCUCAUCAAACACUACCGCAUGACUGCUCACGAAGCUAUUGCUUGGAUGAGAAUUUGUCGUCCUGGUUCUGUUAUUGGUCAGCAACAAGAAUGGCUAGAAGAUCUCGAGGCAUGGCUAUUAAAACAGGGCAAUAUAUAUAGAAAGCGAAUGUACGAUGACAUCAAUAAAAUUCCAACUCACGAAUUUGGAGUUUAUUCGAUCGCUGAAAGGACGCAUAGACAAAAACCGGUGGUGUUCAAUAAAUCACCAUCACCACCUCCACCGAUACAGAGGCAGCCACGAUCUGAAGUUUCACCACCAUUGCGACCACAAGCAUCCAAACAUAAGGAAGAGAUCAGCUUGGAUCGAGGCGUGGCAGUGGUGCCGGUGAGCCACGUGGCUCUCGAAACCCAUCCCGUAGCAAUACUGCUCGAUCCCAAGGACGAUAUAGUGCUAAAACAAAUGUACGAUUCAAGCAAAAAUACGUCUGGUUAUAAUCCAAUGCCCACAUUUCGUACGUCUGAAGGACCAGUGAUGAAAAAUGUAGCGGAUGCUAAGAACUUUUUAAUGCGAAGUAGCAUUUAUAGUGAGCAGAAACACAAACAUUUAAACUCUGCUAUAACGGUCACUCCACAACAUUCAUUUAGGCUCUCGAAUUUAUACAAUAACCGUUUAGGCUCCAGUGAUGUUACAAAAUUAACUCCGUCCGCUACAGCAACUAAAUAUCCGGCACAAGCUCAGGGUAGACGUCGACUUGGUCGAAGUCCUAGUCCAUCGCCGAUGAGAUACGCAACUGAACAGAGUCGUGCAACAAAUACUUUGCCUCCAUCAUCCACAACCGAAAAGUUUUUAGCACGAGAUUCAAAAUCUGCUUUAAAAGAAGCAUUAUCACGGCUUAAAUUAUCGGGGCCGCGAGAUAGUUCCAUCGGAGCCGCAUCGUUGGGCGCGAGACGCGACGCGCCGGCCGCGAGGCAAGCGCCCUCUGUGAGGUCAGACGAGCGGCCGCUGGCCACGCAAGGGGAUAUGUUGAAUAGUAUCAAGUGCCAAAGAACGCGGCAGUCCGUCAAGGAACUUCUUCAAUCAAAGGCCGAGUUCGCCUAA